CAGAUACAUAGUUCUCUACUUUAUAGCACCAUUGCCUAAUUACAUUUUCUCCCUUGGACACUAAAAUACUUUAUAAACAUUUACAAAAAAGAAAUUCAACAAUGGGGUUAAGCAGACGACCUGCAAGGUUUAAAAAACCCGAUUUCAUGCCGACCGAACCAAACGGUGAAGAAAAGCUCGAAGUGUUAAGGGUUGUUGGUGCUGGUGUUUUUAUUAACGAGCAAAAUCCUGAAGGAGAAUCCUCGUUUCAGGAAGUGAAUACUAUUGUUGGAUAUGAAAAUAAUAAUGUGAGGGACGAAGCAGGUAACAAUGACAAUGGAAUUAACCUUCUGGCAACAGUUGCAACUAGACUUAUUAGGAAGAAGGUGGAGAAGAAGCUGAGGAAGCUGCCACUGCCACUGGACUUAAGAUGGCGGAAUCAAAAAAGGAGGGUCUUCUUGUCGGAAUUAAAGAAAACAACACCCUGAUGAAAAAUCACUGUGAUAGAUUUUGAGAAUAAAAAUCAAUUUGUACUGAAAAAUGUUUGAAAGAGUCCUUAAAGUUCUAGUGUAGUUGAGAUCGAUACAUCUCUUGGUCUAAUUAAUAAACUAUUAUAUUUGACUCAACCAACAGAGAAAGAGGUGAAAGAAAAAACUAAACAUGAUUUGAUCUCAUGGUCCUGCUUGAGUUCGGCUGAUUCUGUAGUAUUUGAUGUAAGAGACUAUCUAUAUUAAUUUCUAUAUAAAUAAAUAAUUAUAUGUAGUGUUAUCAACU